AUGUAAAUAGGAAACACAUGUGAUUGGGAAGUGCCAUUUUAUGUAAUAAUUAUUAAAAUUUUGAACAAAGUAAAUUGGAAAAGUUAUAAAUGGCAUUUUGAGUCCAAUACAAAGUUGAUUUAACUGUCUUAUUUUAGUAAUGAUUAUUCUGAAGUGCUCCAACAUUACUAAAAUGUUUUAUAUUGUUGAUAUGUACACAAAUUAAUAGCCUGAGUUAAUGUUUAUAUUGUUAAAGUUCAUUUUUAAAUCCCAAGCUAAAGCUGAAGUCAGAGAAUAUGCUAGGAUGGCAGUUAAUGAUCUGUUGUAAAUGGCAGUGUUUGUUACAUGUGAAGCAGUCCAGCUACAGAAUAUUUUGGUAAAGAAAUAUACAGGACAAGGUCAGUGUUAGUGAAUGUUAUUGAACAAUAUUAUUUGAUUUGUUGACUGUACAUGAUCUGUCUUGCAUGGUUAUAAAAACUAGAAACAGUUAUAUGUAAGCUGAUUGUGAAAGAAAUACGUGAUUGUAUUAAUAAAUAUGACUGAAGCACGGCAAAGAGGAACAUCGCUGUCGUCUCAUUUCAUUUGUCCCUUGUGUUUCACAGGGAACAAUUAAUCUGUUUCACAGGCCCAAAACCUGGGUCUGUUACAUCAGGGUCUUCGGGUCAUCAUGUUCUGCAUCUGUCUCCCACUGUCCACGUGAUCACGUGGCAGAUUUGACGCAUGCGCGUCUGGUAGAUCGGCAGAAGAAGAUGGUUUCCGGCUUCAUCCCCGCACAGUUCUGAGCAGCUGAAAGCAGCCGUGUUUACCGCAGCUACCGCAGUCUCUCCCCCGCGACUGCCUGCGGCAGUCUGACACGAGGAGCCCGAUGUCAGUGGCGAAUGCAAAACACACGGUGCUGAGUCCGGUGAUCCCGUACACUGGACCCAUACCUGGAGGCCUGCACCCCGGGGAGAUCAUCAUCCUCCAGGGCUCCGUGCCCCCGGAUGCAGACAGCUUUCAGGUGGAUUUGGCGAGCGGCUGCAGCACCAAACCGCGCUCGGACGUCGCCCUCCGCUUCAGUGCUCGCUUCGGGCCCUCGCCCUGCGUGGUGUGUAACUCCCUGCAGGAGGACUCCUGGGGAGAGGAGGAAACGCUGCACCAGCUGCCUUUCAAAUGCGGAGCGCCGUUUGAGGCCAUCGUCCUGGUGCUGGAAGAUGUUUUCAAAGUGGCAGUAAACGGAGUCCACCUGCUGGAAUACAAGCACAGAAUCCCCAUUAACCGGGUCGACACAUUUUCCAUCUCCGGGAAAGUCAGGGUCCACGCCGUUGGCUACAUCCCAAACUCGGCAAUAUACUCAGAGUCAGGUGACCUGAGCCUCCCUUACAAAGGUCGCAUCCUGAAAGGAUUGAGUCCAGGACAGCAUAUCACAAUAAAAGGGCAGGUCAGCACGUAUCCCCACAGUUUUACAGUGAACCUGUGCAACAGUCAGACGGAGAACAUCGCUCUGCAUCUGAACCCGCGCAUGAAGUCUGGCGUCUUCAUCAGGAACUCCUACCUGACUGCGUCCUGGGGGCAGGAGGAGCGGGAGCUGCCCUUUUUCCCCUUCUCACCCGGGGAAUACUUUGAGAUCCUUCUCCUCUGUCAGCCGCAUCAGUUCAAGCUCGCCGUGAACGGCUCCCACCUGUUUGAGUUCAGGCAUCGGGUGCAGGACCUGAGCAGCAUCGACCAGCUGGAGAUCAUGGGGGACAUGGAGCUCAGCGACGUCAAACUCUGGUGACUUUGGGAGCCUCUGGUGCUACACUAGCUUAGCGAGGACGGAUGCUGAACGUGGAGACGUCCGCGCGGACUUGAAGGCUGCAUCUCUGCUCCGGUUUGGGUGGGAUUUCACGUAAGCUAGUCUAGCAUCGUCACUAACCAGAGAUCCUGCGGGCUCCACGGAUGGAUGACCCUUCUGGUUUUGAGAGGAGGGGCUGGUGCACAACAGCCUCCAUGACUGUUUACAGCCACAAGUUAGGCGUCCUUAGAUCAUCUCUUCUGUAUAACAGGACAAACAUCUUAACGCUAAAACACUGAUUUAGCUUCUACCUAUAUUGUUACAGUCAUUAAAGUGAAAAAAAAAUCAGAAGCUAAGUGUUUAUUGUGAACCCAUUUUUGAGACAAAUAUACCUUUUUUUGCUUUAUUUUACAUGAAAAAGUUAAUAUAUUCCCUCCUAAUCAAUAAUAUUUGUAGCCAUUUUAUUUAUAAAUAGUAGAUUACAUUUUUGGACCUUAAAGAUCCAUAAAUCUCAAAGUAUAAAGAGCAAGAGGCUGGGUGAUAUGGCCUAAACAUAAAAACUGUUUCACACUAACGCACUUUUCUUCCUCCCUUUACCUUCUUAAACUAAAAUGACAAUAUUUAACAUCUCCUCUGAGAGCUGUUUGCAGACAUUUUUGUCAAACUCUCUCCCUCCAGCUCUCCCGCCAUCCUUUCUUGUGCUUGUUUAGGUGCAGCAAGGCAAAAUAAAUUCUGUAUUGGCCGUUCCAACCUGGAAUCCAAAGCUUUCGUUGGCAGAAUAAGUUGCGAUCGCUUCCACUAGUUGAUAUUUUAACCUCUUACUCUGAACAACUGAAAUCAGGGGGAUAAAAUCCCAACAAUAAAUCAACAAAUUAAUAAAAUCAAUUAAUCGCCCAGCCCUGGCAAGGAUUCUGUAUCGAUGUAUUAAAAGGCACAUACCUGUGUGACUAAGCUAUCAGAAUCGACUUUUGAAUGUUUGGGAAAGAUCAAUCACUUCUUUUAAGCUUUUGUCAGGAAUAAGAGACAUUAUUUAUUGUUUGCCAUCAACCUUGACUCAUUCAUUUUACUCUAAAGUUCAGUUUUGUUCCAAUAAAGUCAUUUUGACUCAUUGA